AUGACGUAUGCCAAUAAUGUUACAAUAACAACAGGAUUAUCAGCAUGUAAAUCGCCAUUGAACACAACUCAAACCGUAGAAGAUCUUUACAAUUUAUAUCGAAAUAACAGUUCGAGUUUAGUUUCUAGUGUAUUUUACAAUAUAUCCAUUGUUGAUUUCAAUUGCACAACACCUUUCAGUAAAUAUUUUCAACAAGUUAUCAUAUUUACACAAUCGGUCUCGAUUCGUAUUCAAGCUGCAUUAAUUUCUGUUUAUUUUGAUUAUAUUAAUGGAAACAGAUAUUUAAUAAAUGACCUAAACGGCUUUUUCGUCGAUCGAGAAAACCCAAUUUAUUUUUCAUCAGCAAGUUUAAACAAUGUUGUUGCAUUGGACGCCUGUUCCAGUGGUGAUAUAGCUCAAGAUCCAUUGUGUCUACACUAUAAUUCAACACCUUACUGCAUUAAUCUUUUAUCAAAUCCAUGGAUUUUUAAUUGCAGCAAAUCUCCUAAGAUAUCCACAACUUCUGUAUUAUCUACCACGAAUAGUGAACUAUUAUCAUAUACGAAUUCAUCAAUUUUAAAUUCGUGGCAAAUUAGUCUUAUAUGUGUUUUAAGUGUUCUGUUUUUAUUAAUUUCCAUUCUUGUUUUUGGAUAUUUGUAUCGACGUCGUUCACGUUCGAAAAACUUUGCUUUAACAAUAGAAAAUAUUUUUGAUGAAAUGAAAUCAAUGAAACAAAGAAGUGAAAUACCAAAAGGUCAAGCUUUUCAACGGCCCGCAACAAUUAUACAACCUAAACAAAGAAAUAAUAGAACGGCUGCAUCGAUUCAUGACGACACCAAUAAUAAUGGUAGCACUUAUACCGAGAACUACAUGCAUUUUAAAUCAUCUGGACCCUAUAACCAAGGUAUUGUCAUUGAUCAUACUAAAAUUCACGAUUCCGAUUUUCCUUCAAAUAUUCUUACAAACUCGCUUGUACCUACUUGUGUUCCAAAUGAUCGCAUAACUGCAUUAUCAUCACGAGUACAUUCAGCAACAACUAUUUCUCGACCUGUAUCUAAAAUAUCGACGAAUCAAUUGAAAUCGAAAAUUGAAGAAGAUAAACUCGAUGUAUCAGAACGAUUGGCAACUACAUUGUCGAUUGAUGGAAGUUUACAUGAUGAAGAUGCUUGGAUGUCUAUUUUAGAUGUAGUUAAUGCUGAAAUGGAUUUACUCAAUCGAUUGGAAAAUGAACAAAAUCAAAUAAAAACAAGAGUUUAA